GUUUUAAUGAGAGGAAAUGUUUUUCGUCCUUUGUAGAGGGCCGGACUUGUCGUCGAGAAAUACGGUCACUUCACUUGUUACUUUCUAUACACCCAGCCACACUUGAAAAAUCCUAUUCUGAGGUUAGUAGUCGCUCUCGCACCAUCCUGGCCAGAGAGACCGAACAUUUCUGUGGUGUUCAUAUCUCAGUCGCUCCCUCUCUUUGUCUCCGCAAUCAAAGAGGUGGAGAUGGCUUCCAUUGUUGCAAACUUACCGCCUACAGUCUUGGUGAUCCCAAGUAGAAGCACCCUUUUUAGUACUCGUCAAAAGCUUCGCGUUUCUCCCAUUAGAGAGAGACAAAGUUGUGCAGCUGUUGUUGUGAAGGCUGCUGGAGAAAGCUCUGAGUCAUCUACCUCCCUCAGCAUUGUUAAGUCUGUACAGAAUGUUUGGGAUAAACCUGAAGAUCGGGUGGCUCUUAUUGGUUUGGGGUUUGCAGCUAUAGUAGGUCUAUGGGCAUCAGCAAAUCUUGUAUCGGCUGUUGACAAGUUGCCGGUCAUCCCAAGUGCAUUAGAACUAAUUGGCAUCCUGUACUCUUCGUGGUUUGUAUACCGGUACCUCCUAUUCAAACCCGACCGGGAAGAGUUAGUCCAGAUCAUCAACAAAACAAUAUCUGAUGUAUUGGGCCAGUGAAUAAUGCUUCCUAAUGCAGUCUGUAGUGUAAUUUCAGAUCAUGGAUCUUUUCUAUGUUAAUGCGUCAGAUGCAUCUGUAUUAGUAUAUAGAAGCUAUGAACAUUUGAUUUAAGUAUUUUAAUUGGUGGAUACAAGUUUUUGAUAAAUCAAAUGAAAUCCCAAGUUCCUUUUUUUUUU